CUUCUACAUUGCACAUACCACGUCCUAUCACCGAAGUACUUAGUCACAGAAUCCGUUCCAACCCUUGCCACGAACCAAAAUACUCAGCCGCCAACAUCCAACGCGUUGUCCAUCAUGCCACAAAUCCGGUAUACCUACAACGAUGCCUUGACAUUCGACAAGCUGGACGUGCGGGUACGGGAAAUCAUCCAAAAGGAUACGGGCCAAGAAGACUGGCCGGUCGCUAUCCGGGACCCUCCUCUCGGCAAUCCUCCUCCCGUCAGCGAGGACGCCAUUCGGAAAUUGGAGGCCAUUGAAGGCGUGAUCAUCGAUCGAGUCGAGGGAGAGGGUGACAACUAGGUGGUUUGCGGUGUCGUAGGAUCGCGAUUUUGUAUAUUUAUCUACAUGGGUUUAUCACAUUUCAUGAAUGAAUGGCGCCAUUCCGCAG